UUUUUUUUUUUAAGAAACUUUGCACUGACUUUUGUCAAUGUGAACAGAUUCCAAAGUCUUCAAGGUUUUGUUGGUCCCGGACUUUGUAUGUCACAGCAGUUUCUAGUGUCUUGAAUGUGGCUUAAUUGGCCCCCAGAUGUGAGAACAAAACGGACCCUUUUUCAUUUAUCUGUAGAGAACAUGGACAUGUGCAAUUACAUUGUUGGAAUGUAUUGAUUUGGAGCCCUACGGACUUUUUUUUUUUUUAACCAGGGUUUUCUUUUUACAAUCGGCAAGAAUUUUGUAUGGAAUGUGCUGGGAAUCUGGUGGGGAUGUGUAUUUCCUAUUCACUCAGAGGUCCGAAACCCAGUGUGACAUUGUCUUUGCAGUAAAUUGUAUUUUCCCUGGAUUCUCUGCAUUACAGGCUGAGGAGUUGUAUCAAAACCUGGUGCUCUCAGCAGCAAUGCCUGCAUGCUACAUUGUCAUCUAUUGAUAAUAGUUUAUAGCAUGGCACCUAAAUAAGGGCAACGCCUUACAAAAGGUUGCAAAAUAAAAAAGAAGGGGGUUUUGGUAUGACUAAAUUAGUAACUCUAAAGUUUGUUUCAAAUGGGUUUCUCAGCAUUUGUGUGCUUUUUUUCUUUGAACUCUUGUUCCAUAUCCCCUCAAUUUAAUUGCUAAUGUAAAAUUUAGCUCUGGGGACAAUUUUUUACAGCCAUCAUGAGCAAGAAUGUCAUUCCAGAAGUGGUACCAGAUACUACUCUAUGUCUUUUCAUGGUGGCAUUAGUAAAAUAGUCUUAAUAGGGAAAAUAUAUUUGCAACUCUAUAUCCCCUUUACCCAAUCAGCUGCUACUGAAAUUCUCCUUACAUGUUUGACUCUUCUUGCCUCAAUGAAAAUUCACAGGAACAGAGGAGAGGUGAGUGGCAGUGAUACAAAAUAAUAGGUGCCAUCAGACACAAGUGUGUUUUAUGAGCUUGUGUCACACAAAACCUUAGGAAAUCACAAAUUAUGUUUAUCUUCUAUAUGCAUAGAAGCAAUCUACAAUUUUUCUAGUCUUCAAGGUAUCUGCAGGUGGGUCUGUCUGCUCUUGCUGAUUCAGUCUGAGCUAAGAGAUACAUCAGUAACCAUCUAGACUUUGCAGGGUUACUUUGGAUGGAUAGAGUUGUAUGAAAUUUCUUGUUGAGACAUGAAAGCAGAUGAAAUUCAGGUGGUUUUACUCUUUAGAGUGAUGUGAAUUUCUUACUAGUUCAGGAAAAGUAAGUGAAAGGGCUAGUCAGAGUGUCACAGAAGCGAUUAAAUUGUUCUUCCAGGUUCUGCUGAUACAGUAAGGGAAGGAAACCAUAGUUUCAGAAAGAAAGUAAAGCCCAAUUACCUCUGAGUAAAACUGGCAAUUUACUUUUUUACCUCUUUCCCCAGAGGAAAAGUGUUAGAACCAUAUUCUGUAGAACAGAUCUGUCAAGGAAAAAAAAAGAAAAAAGAAAAUGGGCUAAAAUACUCAAAUUUGUUUUAUGAGGCUUAAUUACAGCAUUAUAUUAGAUGUUUUCCAGCAUUGGGAGCAACAUUCCCCUAUGCUCCCUCUCAUCUCUGCAACUCAGGAACCUGCAGAGAACAAUAUCCCAUUACUUUCAAUUGCAGUUAUAUCUUCUAGUUAUGGAUAUGGUGCAAUUCCUUCACUUAAAAGGAGUUUUUGUUCACUUUCUAUCUUCACAUUUCAUCUCACAGAGGGGUGAUCACAGUGCAGUAGUGUCGAGGGUGCAUUUGGUGAGGUUUGCAGGUAUCGGAAGUAUCUUUGAGAUUUUUCAGGUUAGUUACAAGCUCUGGCAUUUUGAGCAAGGAAACAGAAGGAAAACCACGCAGCGAUGAGUAAUUUGCCAUUUCCCAAUAACCUUCCAAGCAGAACUGAGUGGGUUUUGCAUGGCUUUCACAAUUGCUUUGAAGAGCAUUCAAAUGCACCUCUCAUGUUGAAACAGCCUUGUACUGAGGUUUCCCACACAGCAGCCAGUGGUGUGUCCUAAGCAGUCCUCUGCAGGGCAUUCCCAGACUCACAUGUGAGAAUUUCGUGGUUGAACCGCUCCUGUUCCUUCCGUGCAGCUGCCAAACCAGUUGUUUUAGCUAUUGGCUUUCCCUUUUAAUCUUUGCUGCCUUGGUUACUCACGUGUCUUAAAGAAUGAAUGUUAUUAACUCGGAUGAUGACAGGAGCAAUGAACACAAACUUGUUUAAACUGGGCAUGUAAUUUGAAAAUUUUAAGAGGAAUCUUCAAGUGGGAGCAAGUUCUUCACCAGCAGUGUUGUAGAUUCUGUUAGCUCCUCAGUCCUUAUUUGAAAGCAGCAUUUCUAUAUUUUCUUCUCAAUCCGGUGUCAGAGAAAGGCUCCUCUGAGCUGAUAUAAAUUUACUACAAAUAGGGAAACAGGAGGGACUAUGAAAUAUGUGGCAUCUGCCUUGGGACAGUGCUAUGGAGGGAUGCAGUCACUGUCUGGUUCAGGAGGAUCUGCUGAAUAAAACUGCAAGUUUUCCCAUGUGCCAUAGCCCAUGAAAAAUUCCCUUUGGAAAUGCGAGACCUGUAGUAGAAGACCAGCUGUCACAAUGUUGUUUCACAUUAUAAUGCCAUAGGACAAGAACAGGAGAAAUAAAAAACGUGGACAUGAUGCUGGUUCUUUGCAAUAGAAGCGCAUUGUUAAAUAAUAUUCCAUUUGUCUUAGGAAUGGAUUGUGAUGAGGAAGGACAAAGUAGAAACAUCAGUUCUCUUUGCCACUCUUGAGAUACACAUUUCAUCCCCAUGGCAUUGACCAUAUCUACAUAGUUUGAAGUCUAAUUCUUAAUGAAAAAUCCCUUAGGCUCCCUGCAGCUGUGGGAAAGUUUCUCAUUAUGUUCUGCAGGGCUUAAUUUUCCAUGCAGGGCUGUUCAUGUUUUUAGUUCACAGGGAAAAAAAAUAAAAACCUUACUGAUGAGAGAUGUUGGAGAAAAAAGACUGAUGGUGAAAAUGCACUGAGCAAGAGCUAUCAAUCCUUGCUAGGAAAAAGACAUGGUUUCAGUGUGUCUGAAAUGGCAAAGGAAGCUGCCAUUCAUUGGAAUGUUAUUAAAGGGCUUUCUUUCCCUCUUAGUCCUCACACUGUGUCUUGGUGCUUGGGGGCUUAUUGUCCUCCCAUUUGGAAAUCAGUGCAGUACACAUGGUCCUUACUGCAUGCUUUGAGGGGUGGGAGAAGCUUUUUUUUAGUUUGAGGGUGGUAAAGGAUGAGCUUGCCCUUGUUUUCAGCAUCUUUUCUCUAAAAAGAAAAGAUUUUCUCUCACAUUGUAUUUGUGAGUUGACUUUGGCUCAGCUGCCAUCAGUGAUGGUUGGGUAGGAACCCAAAUCUAAGGCUCUCAGAACUGAAAAUACUUGAUACUUCCUUUUGGGUUUGAUAAAACUCUCCUUACAGUCUCUUUCUCUUAAUUAACUUAGGUUAAAUUAUGAGAUUACUUUAACAUUCCUUUAAAACCACCAUAAAAUAACAGACUUUGGAGUAGUUAUCACAGAAGUAAUGGAGAAAUAACAGUACUUCCUAUAGUAUUAUUUUUUAAAAUCUGUUAAAUAAUUUGAAGUGUUGGGCACAUUUUGCAAAGCUUAGGUAUUAAAUGGAGAACCUGUCCUUUGAAAACUAGUUUUGGUGAAUGGUGAGAGUAGUAAUUAAAAAAAAAAGAAAUAUAGUACAACCUCUGGAUACAGAGAUAAAAAGAAUAAGGCCAAGGCAGUCAGCUCUUGAAGAUCUGUUUCUGCUGUGUUGUACUAAGAAUGAGACAGAGUUUUAGUGCAAUUUAACAAUAAUUAAUCUUAAAUAAAUACAUUAUGGCAGCAUAAUUAAUGCAAGUCUAGGUAAAUAGGUAGUCAGGGUGAAUUAGAAUGUAGUACUACUGAAUGGACUGCUCAAGAUUUCAUUAACUAGAAAGACUAAAGAACCUGUUUACUAAGAAAAAUACCCUUUUUCCUAUACCGGUUGCUUUAGGUUGUUAAUUUGAGAAGCUGAUCAUUUUGCACCAUUAAUCAUAAUAAUUAGAGACAGAUUUAGUGAGCUUUAUUGCAGUUCUCAACUAGAUUAAUAGUUGUGUAAUCCAGUGUUUAUUAAUAUAAAUGAAGUAAAUUAGAAGCAUGACAUUAUAAAGAGGAGGAAGAAACUUCAGGAACUUUCCUGGAUCGCCUCAAAACUCCAUUAAUUUACAAUGGCAGGUUGUUCUUCAGUAGUUUGCUUUGUUUUGUUUCAGUCUCUUUUUCCUCCUGCAAUAAUAAUGCUGCCGUUCACACUGGUAAGAAUGUGUGUAAUGAUCUCUAAACCACAUUUACAGUUAUUGAGUAUCCACAGAUUUUGGUAUUCGGGUGGAGAUGGGAGUAGGGAAUUUACCAGCCAUGGGAAGUUGUGCCUUUGUGUUUAAUACAUAUUCUUAUCUGUGAGAUCAUGUUCUUCGUUCACCUGGAGGCUCUGAGCCAGGAUUGCCAGCAGGGUUUGGUGUGUCGGGAGACUCCCACCCCAUGUGGUGGCAGCAGUCUGUGUGUGAGCGUUGCCAUGCAGGGGUUUCAAACAAGGAAUCCCGUGGACAGCGAUGUCUCCUUGCUGCUGCUCUCAGGUAGGGAGGAGAGAGUGUUCCUUCUGCUGCCUCUGGCUCUGGGCUGCUUCACUUCAGAGAGGAGUUGUGAGUGAUGGAUUGGAGUGUGGAGGAGAGAGGUUUUCCCCAGCUCUAAAUUUUUCAUUCCUUUCCCGAGGCAGGCGCCUUCAGGAGUCUGUGUUUUCCCACUCUGGGGCUCACAGGGCAGAUUAAGGCUGGCUUGUAACAAAAUGUUCACUGGUGCUGACCCCUCCCUGGGGUUCUGCCAUGGGUCAGGGGGUCUGUGAGUGCUCCUGUGCCUGGGAAAUGCAGAUUUCCAGGGGCUUUAUUGAACUCGUGUGCUGAAGCACCUCCCUUUUGAGCCAUGUAUGUAGUUAAGGGGAAAACCUCAGGUUUAUUUAGGACUGGCAUCAGUUUCUAAUUAUAAACCUAAUGUUUCAACAUGUCCAGAAAGGAGAGGUUCUCCUGAUGGCUUGCUUGACCCUCGUUGAUUCCAUUCCAUCUUCUCUGUUUUAAAAUUACUUUUUAAAAUUUAGGAAGAAAAUAAUGAGAAGGUGAAAAGACUCCUGGUCGCUGAAAACAUCUGUAAAUUAAAAAUCUCCAUGGGCAUUUAGCAACUGGAGGAAAAUCUGCAUGUGUGUUGUGUGUUUUCUUAUGUCCUCCACCAAAACCCACUGACCAAACUGACCCCCAGGUUCCCAAGAGUUACCAGCAUUUUCUUCCUGAGAGACUUUUUCCUUUUGAAAGUAUCUCCUCUUUCCUUCUGAAAUGGAAGGCUUGUUUUUUGACAGGGCAGUUCUUGACCUUCUUUCACCUUUUUGUUUUGGAUACACCGGCUUAGCUUUGUAUUGAAAAUCACAUUGCAAAUCUAAAUAGUCACGGAAAACUUCAGAGCUCCCCGCGAGGAAAGCACCAGUUGCUGUACUCCUGUAUUUUGAACAGCAGCUCCUCACUAUGCAAAGCGCCAGACAGCAGUCGUGAAAAAGAUAAAAAGAUGGCCUAUCACAAAGUGAAUGCAGACCAGAGAGCACAGGGGCACUCUCCAUACCUUGACAACGAUGAGCUCCAAGCCACAGCGUUGGACCUGGAGUGGGACAUGGAGAAAGAGCUGGAGGAGCCUGGCUUUGACCAUUUCCGACUGGACAGCACAGCCCAGCACCACCUGGGGAACUCACAGAGCCCUGACCUCGACCUGGAGCCCAUCCAGCCCUCCUCUUCCCCAAAGGGAAGAUUCCAGAGGCUCCAGGAAGACCCUGACUACAUCUCCCACUACACGAGACAGGCACCAAAGAGCAACCGCUGCAGCUUUUUUCGGAUACUGAAAGUAUUUUGCACUGCUUUGAUUUUAUUUAUUUUUGGAAUUGUGAUAGGAUAUUAUGCACGCAAGAAAUGCCCUUCUCCCCCAACAUCUCAAAAACCAAAUAAUCCUCAGAUCUACCAUGAAAUUCUCAAGGAAAUCAAAGCUGAAAAUAUUCACCGGAUUUACAGAGAGUUGUUAGAGUUCCCCAGAGGUGAUGAUGCAGACCUUGCAGUGAAAAUCCUGGGUCGGUGGCGUUCCCAAGGCCUGGAAGAUGUCCGGCUGGUGAAUUACUCCGUUCUGCUUGACCUGCCAGGCCCUUCUUCAAACACAGUAACUCUGCAAAACACUGGGGAAUGCUUUUAUCCAAGUGGACAACGGUGCAGCACAGGCUCCAGAACACUUCACAGCCAAGACCUCCUGUACUCAUACGCAGCUUAUUCUGCCAAAGGAACUCUUGAGGCAGAGCUUGUUGAUGUCCAGUAUGGGACCAUGGAAGACCUGAUCCGGAUUCAAGCCAUCACUAACGUGACCAAAAAAAUUGCACUUUUGAAGCUCGGAAAAUCCCCUUUGCUUUAUAAGCUCUCUCUGCUGGAAGAUGCAGGGUUUGGUGGUGUUCUCGUUUACACUGAUCCUUGUGACUUGCCAAAGACUGCAGACCUUGCUGAUAAAGCUUUCAUGGUCUCCUUGAACAGCGGGGGAGAUCCAUCCACGCCUGGUUAUGCCAGUAUUGAUGGAAGCUACAGGCAAAAUCGACUGAACCUCACAACCCUGUUGGUGCAACCAAUUUCUGCUCUGCUUGCCAGAAAACUUGUUUCCCUGCCUGAGGACACUGCCCAAAAAGACAGGUGUACACCCCUCCAGCUGCCAGCUGCAGGCAAAAAAACAAUCAGUCUGAACAUUCAGUCUGUCACAACUUACAAGACAAUUUCUAACGUCAUUGGAUAUCUAAAAGGAGCUAUAUUUCCUGACAGAUACGUCGUCAUUGGUAGCCAUCACAGCACUUUGCAGGGUUAUGGUGGGCAAGGCUGGGCCAGCAGCACUGCUGUGAUCACAGCCCUGCUCCAAGCCCUGAUGCCAAAGGUGAGGAGGGGCUGGAGGCCUGACAGGACCCUGCUCUUCUGCUCCUGGGGAGGAACAGCCCUGGGCAACGUUGGCUCCUACGAGUGGGCUGAGGAUCUCAGGAGCGUUCUUCAAAGAAAUGUUGUGGCCUACAUCAGCCUCCACGAUCCAGUCACAGGCAACUCAACUUUACGGCCCGUGGCAUCCCCUUCUCUUCAGCAGCUGGCAGCAGAGAGCCAGAGCUUCAACUGUGUGGAAAAGGCUAGAUGUCCAGGAUCCAAUGUGAGUUCUGUGCAGAUACAGGGAGAUUCAGAUUAUUUCAUCAACCACCUCGGAGUGCCUGCCACGCAGUUUUCCUAUGAGGACAUCAGAGCAUCAGAGAAUUCCAGCUUUCUCUCUGAAGCUCUUUUUCCCGUACAUGCAACAAAAACUGAAGAGCUGGAUCCCUCCUUCAGCCUGCACGAGACCAUUGCAAAGCUAACAGGACAAGUGACUUUGCAAAUUGCCACUGAUCCAGUUUUGCCGUUUAAUGCCCUCGACAUCGCGUUAGAAGUUCAGAACAGUCUGAAAGGUGAUGAAGCAGGCGUCCCUCAGCUGCUGGCAGUGGCAUCACGUCUGAGGGACACGGCGGAGCUGUUCCAGUCGGACGAGAUGCGCCCGGCCAACGACCCUGAGGAGCGAGCUCCUGUCAGAGUCAGGAUGCUCAAUGAUGUGCUACAAGGCUUGGAGAAAAGCUUCCUGCUUCAGCAAGCUCCUCCAGGACUUUACAGAAAUAUUCUUUACAGACUGGAUGACAGGACCAGCCAGUUUUCAGUACUGCUGGAGGCACUGGAGCACUGCAAACUACAUCAGUCAAAUGAGACCGUUCAGGCAGCCUUGUCAGAGGUGCUGAACAGCAUCAAUUCAGCUCAGGUUUACUUCAAAGCAGGACUUGAUGUGUUUGAGACUGCCUUAGCUGGAAAGAAAUGAGAGGAUUCUCUGCAUUCUAAGACAUUUGUUUACAACUCUCUAAACAAAAUUUCAGCUUGGACCAGAAUUGCUCUGAGGAUCAAACCUUUCUCAGCCUUCCUUCAGCUGGCGCUUAAAGGUACUGCAACACGUGGUUUAAGAAAUGUAAAACAGUAUUUUGCACUGUUUACAAUAUAUCUCAAAUGCCUGUUCCUGAAUGUAUAAAACCUAAAGAGAGGGAAUAACACUUCAGAGAUGAUUUUUGGAAGGACAUCUGCUGUAUUUUUGUAUGUAAAAUAUGUUUUUAUGGCUAAGAGCUCAAUCAUGCGAAGUACCAAGCACGUCCUGCGACAUGCUGAAGCCCUGGCUCUGAGACACCCCAGAUGUGCACCCAGGGGAGAGUUCCUCUGUCAGAAAAACCUGGCUUGAGUUUCUUAAUGUUUUCAGCAAGCUCAUCUUCUUCCUUACUCCAUUCAGAGUAAGUAGUUGAAGGAUGUGGUGUUUCCAUGGGUAUCCAGCACCGGAGUGGAAAUGCACAGAACACCUUUACAGGUGCAAUCCAACACCUUUACUCCUGUGGAACAAUAAAUACCUCAGUUCUGAGAAUACAGAUAAACUUUGAUUCUUCCAUUUCUGUAUGAAAAUAAAGAGUUGUUUUCUCUGAUGUUUCUUGGAGAGGAAAUUUUUGUGAUGAUUUCAAAUUUGAAAAGUGUGAAUUGGUAAUUACACUUGCACAAAAAUCCUUUGAAUGUUUAUGUUAAAUGAAAGAACUGCCUAGUCUUUAUAAGGCUAGAGGCCUUAAAAAUUUUCACCAAACAUUGCUAAAAAAUCCCACUUCAAGGUCUCUGAACUUCCAGAGAGCUGUAAAUAAAAGCAAGACCUCCAAGUCCUGGGUAGAGUUUUGGGAUUCCAUCUCUCUUUGUCACACCACCUGCUAUUCCAGGCUGGAUUGUUCCAUCAGGCCUCACAUCUAGGACCUGGGUCAUUGUCAGAAAAGCACAAGGAAAACAUACAUCCAUUCUCUGCUGUAGAACCAGGAAUUCAAGUGUGGAGGCACAAGCUGGUGAAGCAUAUUGCAGAGCUGAAAUGCAAAUCUGCUUUUCCAUUGGUGGAAGGCUCUAAUCACACCAUUGCCUGUUGGCCAAAGUAAUCUGUGUGUGAAAGGAUCAAGAGGUUCAGUAUCCUCUGAGGGGAUGCUAUACCCAUUGGAGAACUGCAGGUCUUAAUAAUAUAAACAGUUGAAAUUGUUAAGCCCUAUUUGGGUUUUACAGUCUCAAAUGAUUCUAGGUUUAAUAGAGCUUAAAUAAUUAAUUUUAUAUAGAUACUUAGAAUUUAAAUAUAAUUUAUUUGAUGGAAAUGUUAAAUGUAUUGUUAUCCAGUUUGCCAUGUAAACAUUACAGGAACAUUUCAGGUUGGAAUGAAAAUGGAAGAAGUGUCUGUAUUAAUGUUUAAAAAUUGCCUUCAGGAAAAUUUCUGAGUGCACAAUUUGGUGAAAAACUUUAAAAAGUUCACAUAGCAAGAAAUGAGCUGUUUACAGAUCUGGGUUUCUGUUUCCAAAGGGGUCUCUCCAAGCAGUGGCCCAGGACUGGGUACCCACAGCUGUGCUGUUCCUACAUUUCUUCAUAAGGUAUGACUGAGCAGAGGCAGAGCUGUGAGUUGUACAGCAGCCUCUGCAGUGGGAACUGGUUCAGCACCAGUCAGUGGGACUGCCUGGACUCAAGACAUCAUUACCUCCUAGCUUUCCUUGGCAUCUGAUCAGCAAAGUUGAUGAUGAUUCUUUUGCUAAUGCUGGCAGCAGUUCUGUUUAGUGCAGAGAGAAUUUGACUUCUGGAGAAUAAUAUUGUUUAUGUAGGUUCACCAUCUUGUCUGUGUCGGUUUUAUUAUUGUAAGAUUUAAGUGGGUGGAAUAUCCACAUUUGAACUGUGCGUUUAUUUUGGGGAUUUGGGGAUGCACUAUGCAUGCUACAAUUGAAUUGUGCUUGUGACAGGGACCACUCUUCUAACAUCUCAUUAAGUGACAUAAUUUCUUUAGAGUGCUGCCUCAUUGUGGAGCCUUCGAUGGGAUUCAUUGAUAAAGGGUCAGGUGCUGUUAGAGACCAAAAGAGAGAUUAACACCUUUGUUUACUCUACCAAGUGAAUUUAAUAACUGCUUCCUCAUCUUUAGAAUGUUCCACCACACCCACCUCUAAUGCAACCAAAGUGUACUCAGCAAAACCAGUGAAAUCUGGUGGAAGCAAUAUCUCUCAUGGAUGAUUUCUCAACCCUGUAAUUCCAAAAUAAAAUAUUUAUCUUGUUUUCUCACUAAUGUCCUUCUGUAACCACUUCCAAAAUAACAGACUUAAAAGUACUCCACUAGAAAAGCGCUGCUGUUGGAAAUGUCUGUCUAUUCUAGACACAAUCAGAUGUUCUUGUUGGUGAGAUGAAUCAGAUGAGCUAUUUAGGGACUUAAAUGCAUUGAUUUCAAUGUAUCUCACCCUUGUAGAUCUUUUGAAGGCUUUUAUUUCAAUGUUCAGAUCUUACAUACAAGUGAGUGCUCAGUGAUAAUAUUUGUACCAUUAUAGCUUUGGAAAAAAAAAAGGACUUUUGAGCCAUAUCCUCCCAUUGAUUUUUAAAUCCUAACUAUUGACUUCAAGGAAUUUAUAGCAAGUUAAAGUCCUAAGUAUCCAGUGAGCUUCUGACAUAGAGUUUUUGCCCAAACAGCUGUGGAACAUCAGCUAAAGGAAGGUGUUAGUAAAUCAUAGCAGUUUACCAGAUUGACUUCAUUCCUGUGUUGUACUGGAAUAAACAGAGCACCCUUUAAAGCAGAAGUACAUUUGCAAAUUGCCCGAAUGAUACUAAAAAUGUGAUGCUGCUUUUCAGCAGCAUCAACUGCCAGAGACAGUAUAACAAAUGUAUUGAUUGCUCCUUAAUCUAGAGUCAUGCUCACAGUGACCACAAAAUCCCUGCAGCCUGCAAUAUUUGUAUGUUGAGACAGUUGAUAAUAAAAAGCCAAUAAGGUUUUAUUAGUAUGUAUUUUAAAGAGUCCAUAAAAAAGCAUAAUCAAGGCAGAUGAAUAAAAAGUACAUGGGAGCUGGAUUUUGAGUACUAACCUUAAAAAAGGCAGUGAAUUGUUUUUAUCAUCCAAGAAAAAUAGUACCUGUGUGAAUAUGCAAACACACAGAUGCUUUAUGUCUUCAAAAAGAUUGUAUAAAUAUUAAUUUACUUGCAGUGAUAUGAUACAUCUAGAUAAACAUAGAUGUAAAUAAUUAUGUGAGAAAAUUAGCAAAUGCUUUGCACAGCCUCACCUCCCUUUUAGGAAAGUGUUUCAGUCUAGAGAUGUGAAAGGAGGCACUGCAGCUGACCUCAGUUCUUGCAACAGUAGGUGGGGAAAGGUUAAAUCUCAGGUAUUGCAGAAGGAACCACUGGAGGUCAUUUAUUCCAACCUCCUUGCUCAAGCAGGGUCACCUAAAAACAGCCUCCCAGGAGGGGCUGUGCUCAGGUUACUGUGGAAAACCUGCCAGGGAUGGAGAUUCCUCAACCCCUCUGGGCAAUCAGUUCCAGUGCUUGGUCACCCUCACAGAGAAAGUGCUUCAUUCUUCCGUAGAAACAGUUCCUCCAAAUUUCUCCCUGUAUUUCUGAGUUGUUAAAUUAUUGUAAUUAUUUUAAUUGCAAGCAUUCCAAAGGUAGCCAUCAUUUCUUCUAGCAAAAACUCUCAGACACCAUCUCUAGGAUUUCACAGGUAUAAUAUGUUGGAAAGUUUGUAUGAGGAGAUUUGUCCUUCAAGCCAUAAAGUAUUUUUUUUAAGCCAUAGAAGCUAAUGUCUUUUUUUUGAGGUUUUUUGUACAGUCCCUGGUCCCUAGUCACAGGAUUUCUCUGUACUUUAGGAGGCUGUCACCUCAUCAGGACAUACGUGGCUAUAAAUGCAUCUACUCUACCCAGACUUUGAGAUCUUUGAGACUUGUGUUGAGUGGAAAGGAUAAUUGCAUGGCUCAUUCUGGCUUUCAAAGCUGUCAAAUGCUAUAGAGAUGUCUGGUCUGUGUUCUCCAAGGGGCAGUUCAGAUUUCCCUGGCAGGCCCUGUGCUGGGAGCAGUGAUCUGUGGCACUCACAAGUGGCACCUCUGCGUGGCUGUCCCAGCAAAACAGCUCAGUGUGGGAGAUGUCCUUUCCCUUUGUCACUUUGUUACUCAUAUCAGCAGUGUCACACCAGUCCCAGAAGAGUGAGUGAUAGGAAAAAAAUCUCGUUUCAACAUGCCUGGGACCUGAGUUUGGAAAACAGUUAGCCUUGUACUAUUAGUGUUCAAAACAAAGUAAGGUGUCGUGUUUUGGAGCUCUGAAUCUACAAAAUUUGAGAUAGGGUUUCCAGUAGCACAAGUUCAUGUCUCAAAUACAGAAGACAAACAUAUUUGUGGUCUACUACAUGUUAUUAUGAUGUUAAAAAUUGCUUGGAUAGCAAUGUAGUGAUAGUUUUGGGUGGCUUUAACCCUCUGGCUGUCUUUUCUCCCUCUAACACCAUCCUCUCCAGUCCCCUACAUUCACCUUCUCUCACAUCUUUUUGCAAUGUGAUGAUUUUUCCCAUCCCUCACCACCUUCUUUCAGCCAUUCCCACUAGUUUUCUGUCUCCAUUCUGCUUCCUUAUCACUUCUUAAGCUCCCCUUUAAUUUGCCAACCACCAAGUUAAUCCCUCUCUUUUCUCUCUCUGAUCUCAGUCAUGCCUUUUGUUCCCCAUUCAGUUCUCAACUCACCUCCCUCAAGUUUAAAUUAUUACUCCUGGAACAGCUGACCAUAAUAAAGAGCUGAAAGUGGUGGAAAAGUCCUGCUCAGAUCCAGAUGGAUAAAGUGUGAGGAGACAUCAUCUGUUAAAUUCAAAGUAUUCACUUCUGAGUACAUGUAAGCAGCAGGUUUUCAGUUUUAGCUUGACUGAAUGGAAACAGAUUUUUUUCCUAUCUUCUUUCUCUCUAAUGUCUGGACCAGGAAAUUCCCUCAAAAGUAGCAGUGUAGGAAGGUGAUAAUCUUGAAAGUUUUGAAAUAAACCUUUGAUGUUUAUUUGAAUCCAAUUCUGAAGUUAGAUGAAUAAGAAAUUAUAGACAAAGAAUCAGAAUUGCUAUUACCUGUCCACAAAAUAAAACAGGCAGUAUCUAAGCAAAGAAUUUCUCUGAUCUUGCAGGAGCAAUCCAGCAUUCUCUCCAUGUUGGCUACAAACCAAACUUCUGUGUGUAAUUCUGCUGUCCUACAGUGUUUUACAUUAUUAAAGAUGGCAAGGACUAAAGGCACAUGCACAAACCUGUGCUUGAACAUGCACAUUUGAGCCUGGGAAUAAUGAAUACUCAUUUGGGAAGCAAAGGCUUUAAAAAUAUCUAAAUUAGACUGCAUGUUUACUAAAACUAUGGUGCUGUUAAGCCUCUGUUUUUUUCCUAAUUAUAAUCCCACUGCUGCUGGUUAUUUCUACUGUUGCUCAUACACACUUGUCAUAACUGGAGAAAAUGUACACCUGCAUGGAUUUGCAAAAAGGAUUAUGUUGCCCCUCAGUCUUACUGACCUUACUGGACUGUUUUUUCCAACAGGGUUGACUUUACCAUAAUCACUUACCAGGGUUCCACAGAACCAAGGUCAGCAGAAUUUGGCCACUAUUAAUGGAUUUUCCACACAAGAUUUGGUAUAAGAAGAUCAAUUAUUUCUGUUUAGUCUAUUUUCUUUAAUCUCUCAACAUAGAUUAUUACAAGCAAGAAUGUAUUACUUUUUUUUUUUUUGAUUGGGAGGAGACUCUUGGUUAACAUUAAGUAAGCCCACAGGGCAGAAGAUGAAUGUGUAUGUACAAGUGAUAUAAUCUAGAAUUAACUUUAUACCUAUUAUGAAUGUUGGAUUAAUGCAGUCAUACUUUUAUAAAUUUCACGGGUUGGAGUUAAUACAAGGGCUUAAUUUAGGAAAUUUAAUCAGAAUAAAGGUGUGGAACAACAGUUUUGCUGUGUAAAUGUAGUGUAUGCUUCCUCAUAUGCCUAAUCUAAAAAAAAAAAUAGGGCUUUAUCUAAGAGGCUUCUCUUUGAUUCAUUUUCCAGCAAGCCUUUGAAAAUGAAGUCUUGGUCUUUAUUUUUCUUUUAAAUGUGUGCUGCCUUUAAUGUUUAUGGAGCACUUCUCAAGUGUUCAGACAAUGUAACACCACCUCGUGUGAUCAGCCCUGGAUUAUUCGAUGGGAUUGAGUGGAAUUUCAAAGCAUGGUCUUUGGAAGAAGGUCCUUUCCUGACUGUUGUUGUAUCUGCUAUUAUGUACUAGAGUAGUUGCCUUCACCAUGCAGAGCUGUAGGUGUGCAGUGUGAUGCUUUGAGGCACUAAUUGAAGAGAAUUUUUAUUUUUUCAGUUGCUUCUCAGAUACCUGCUAAUUUUCUCCCAUUUGAGGCUGUACUCCCCUGACCAUGCUGGUGACAGAGCAAUGCAAUACCAAGUGCUCUUAGCACAGGUAUGUGGCAUGCUGAGGGUUUGAGCUCUCAGUGCAUUUCCAGUUUUUAAUUAAUGUCCCUUGUAGCCCCACUUUGCUUUCGUGUAGCUCAGUCCUGAUUCCAGUGUGAGUGACCUCAACAGGAGGUGGACAGGUCUGACUUUUUGGUGAACUUGCUACAGAAACUGCUGAUGCCCCUAUCCUUAAAAAAGUAAAUAAAAUACUUCCCAAACAUUUGGUGUUUUCAGCCUGUACACUGAGGAUUCUGAAACAGUUUUGGAUACUGCUUGUUUUUUUUUGGUGCAGUCUCACUUCAUGUUCUCAGCAGCUGAAACAUCUUGUUGUGUAUGAACCCACUAGAGGGGAAAUAAGAAAAUCCUUAAUAUUUUAUACUUAGAACAAAUAAGAUUAACACAAAUUCCCUGUGUUUUCCAUUUGCAGUUUACAUGAGUUAAUAUCCAACAUACUCUUACCACGCAUGCUGUGAUUUGGUAUUCUGAGACAAAUAGAAAAUGAAUGUGAUUCCCUAUCCAGAGGAGCUGUACUGAAUUCAGUGAACAUUUCACAUCCAAGCAUCUUAACUGCUUGCAUACAGUGUGAGCAAGCACAAGUUAAGAUACUUGAAACAGAUACUUUUGGAGGUUUUAGCAAGGUGUGGAAAAUAAUAUUCUUGUGUGUAAGGGCAGCUUUUAGCAUUGCAUUCAUGCCCAGGUGUGUGGUAAUGUAUUGUGAGUCCUCAUUGCUGUGGCUGUGAGAUUAUUGCUCAGGUGCUGUUAUCAGUGGCCGUGCUGGUCUCAACACAAACUGGUUCUUUUUUUUGUCAGUAGCACCUUGCAGAGUUUACCUACUCAGAUGGAAUUUGCAAGUAUUUCUGCCUUUUGUAUGCAAAAGAGCAGCUGUCAAGUUGUGUUACCUUUAUCAAGCCUUGACACAGAAUUUGAGAUGCCUGAGUGAGGACUCUGUCAUUCCAUCCACUUCUACAUUUUCACGUAGUAAAAUCACGUUGCCAAAAAUGAUAGCUAGUCAAUGCAGAAUAUUAAGUAACUACUUUUUUUUUUUUUUUGACCAUGAAAUAAUAUAAACUUGAUGCAGUGAUUUCUGGAAACCAAUAAAUAUCAUGUUAUGUGGAAAUGUGCAAUGAAAGGUUGAUUUUAUAACAUUUUAUAGAAUGUUGAGUCUGAAUAAAACAGCUUAUUUGCAAAAUUAGUUUACUUUGUAUCAAUUUGUGUUUUUAUAACAUAGUGCAAUAAAAAGAGAAUGUUGGCCAUUAAUGUAAGUAGAUUCUACAUACUUUGAUUAAGAAGUGCAUUUUAUUUGUUUGUGCUCUGAAUAUGAUUUUUGGAGUUUCUGAGAGUGUUUGUACAGAAGGCACUGUGGGCUGGAAUUCAAUAAGAGGCAUUUUGUGAAAGCAGAGUGAGUUAGACAAUGGUUUUUUGCAUAGUUAUAUUGUUGUCAGAAAUUAAACUGGAAUAUGAAGAUGUGUAUAAUGUACAUUGCACUGAAUGGUUUAGAAUUAUAUUCAUUUGCUUUUUUGUUUGCUUUUCU